AUGAACAAAGUCGUCCUCAACAUGCACACCGAACCACUCCCCCUCCCGUUGUUAACGCACUGUCCCCUUAACGUCUCUGCCGUUUCUCUUGCAGUUCUUGAGAGGGAGGAACGUCCUGAAGCCGCCGGCGGAAGUUGCCCACCCAGUAUUGCUGUAGAGAGUUGUGAAGCAUUACUGGGCAGGACUGGCUCCAUUACAGCUGUGGUACACGGAGUGCCCAAACCUCAUGUUACCUGGCACAGACACCUGGGAAAACUACACACGGACAGGAAGUACCGUGUGCUGUCCCGUGACCAUGUGUGCUGUUUGAGGCUGCGCAGAGUGGAGCUGGCAGACGCCGGCGAGUAUCUGUGUGUCGCCACCAACCCCAGCGGCCGCGAAACCACACAGGUCAUCCUACAGGUCAAAGACCCGCCUCCUGUCAUGACGUCAGAGUCGUCCCCCCGCUCGGCGUUUAAAACCUUCGGCGAUGGGGACAAACCGGAGACAGAGGUGAAGAAGACGCCGUUCGGAGUCCUGAGGAAGAUCAUCACCAGGGGAACUCCUCUGCUCAGGAGACAGGAUGCCCAGGACCAGGAGUCUCCACUGUUUGAGCGUGACCUGUCGGACCAGGAGGCUGAGGAAGGUCGCGAGGCGCGGUUCCGCUGCGUGGUGUCGGGUUACCCGGAACCCUCCGUCUCGUGGCGUAAAGACGGGCGUGACGUCACACACAAUCGCAACUACAUCACGGAGAGGGACGGGCGCGGAGACUGCUCAUUGGUGGUUCCCACGGUGACCAGGGAGGACCAGGGGGAGUUCUGCUGCGUGGCCAAGAACGAGGCGGGGAAGGCAAGGUCGUCAGGUCGGCUUAAGGUCAAACCUCAAGCAGGUUCCAUGAUGCCAAACGCGUUUGACACAGACAUCACCCGAGUGCUCAGUCGGAUGCAGGCCGCAUCGCUUUCUACCCAGGAGGUCGACCCUGUAGACGCCAAGGCACCAAGGUUUGAUCGUAAGAUCACAGACACAGAAGCACGGGAGGGCGGCCGGGCCAAGUUCAGAUGCAAGGUCACAGGGAACCCCCCUCCUCAGGUUUUGUGGUACAAGAACGGACAGCCGAUCCCCACCAACAGUAACAAGUACGUGACCAUCCACGACGCGGACGGAACCUGCGCUCUCCUCGUGCUGAAGGUUGAUGAUGAUGAUGAUGCAGAGUACGUCUGUAAAGCGACAAACUGUGCCGGCGCCGCCGUGUGUAGUGCUGAGCUCAUCGUCGAGUUAGCAUCUGAUGGCAGAGACACAGACACAGAGGAGAGCACCCCCAUGCGAAGGUCUCCCAUCUCUGCAUUCCACCCCCUGUCCCCCCGACGCACCCCCCUCCCCUCCAGGGGGCCCCCCCUCCCGACCAUAACUCCAGUGGAGGCAGGGUAUGAGGCAUCUAUGGACUCAUCAGCUGCCCAAGACAGUGACAUCGCAGAUGAGCUGAUCUUCCCGGUUAUCCUCGAAACCGGACCGUUCGUGUCCGUCCAGGAGCCGACUGACAGUAGUUCUCUGUCCCGUCCGGACUCCGCUUCCUCCGCCGCCUCCCUCAACACCCUCGUCAUCCGCAAAACCAGCCCCAGCCCCUCCGAAUACUCCCACAGACUCUCUCCUCUCGGUUUACGGGACACGUCUGACUCUUUCGUGUCCACAGACACACUCGCUGUGCGGGGAAAGGGUAGCACCAAGUCCAGCAGAAGUCCCAGUCCGAAAUCACGACAUCGUCUCUCGCCGAAAGCGUUCUCAGAUCUUGACGAAAGAAAACUCGUGAGAAGAAAAAGCAGUACUAGAUCGGGUUUGGACAGUCCUUCUCCAAAACAGAUUUCCCCCAGACAGAGAAGAAGAUACAGCACGAGUUCCAGUCCGCCCUUUAAGAAGCAUCUCUCUCCCAAGACAAGACGAAGGUCCAGCCGUUCCAGUAAGUCCAGCCGUAGUCCCAGCCCCUCCCUGAGACAGUUUUCUCCAAGACUCAUGCGGAGAAGUCUUCAAGAACUAGACUCCAGCAGCUCCGACUCGACCUUGACAUCGCCGCAGAGGUCACCGAAGUUAAGACGACGUAGCCGGAAGCUGAGCAGGAGUCCGAGCCCCUCAAGACGUCAUCGCUCUCCCCAGCCGGUUACCCAAGACGUGGAGGGGACGAUGCAGGCCUGGAGUCGCACCAACAGCCCCGGACAUCGGCGCUCCCCCAAACCCGUGGUCGGCAUUGAGAUCCAAGAAUCUCGAACAGGCGGGAGAAGAUCCAGAGAGGCUAGCAGAAGGGGUUCUCUAUCUCCCACCACAUUCCCGUUGCUAGAAAAUGCAGUGUUAACCAGCACGCCGAUCACGAAAGACGGGUUUCUCAGCCCCAUGCACGGCCUCAGUAGAACUACCAGCCCCUCAGAAGCGCCCCCUGUCCCGACUAUUGGUGUUGCAGUUGCAGGAGGCCGGCGACUGUCAGCUGCAUCAAGCAGAAGUGGCUCUGGUGGGGUUUCUCCGACUCCUUCUAUAGAAAUCGAAGUUUCAGAGAGUAAGACCGGUGGUAGAAGAUCGCGUGCCUCUAGUUCUGCCAGUUCCCGUGCCAUGUCGCCCGCACCAUCCAUAGAAAUCGAAAUCAUUCCAAGAUCCCGGGCUUCCAGUUUCGCAAGUUCACGUGGAAUCUCUCCGACCCCUUCCCUGGAGGUCGAGGUCGCCGAGAGCAGGACGGGAGGUUGGAGGUCAAGGGCGUCCAGCGGGGGAGCAUCUCCAAGUCCUUCCAUAAUCCUAGACGAAUUCGAAACAGUUGAGGAAGAGCCUGAUUUGGAGAGAGGACCGGAUUUGGCGAAAGAUCCAGAAUUCCACUUUCUUAGAGUUCCACCGAGGUUAAGUUUCGGAGGACAUUCCAGACCUUCCAGUUCUGAGUACGAGACACCAGAUGAGGAGCCACCUGAAAGACAAGAGCAGACAGGACCAGGCAAGCUCCAACUACCCAAACCACUGGCAGCUCCAGAGAGAGAAGGGUUCCAUCCGAGCGGCCGGCGUAACCUCGAGGUUCAGACAGCCGAGUUCACCGAACCGCUCAAAAACCUGUCCGUCAACGAGGGGUCAGAGGUCAGGCUCGACUGCAGGGUCACAGGUCUGCCGAAGCCCACAGUGUUCUGGUUUAAGGACGGGAGCGAAGUUCGGCCGCUCAGACUUGGGGCUGAGAUCAGGGCUCAGGAGGAUCUUCACACACUUUACAUACCUGUAGCAGACAGCAGCCACGAGGGCGUGUACAUGUGUCGCACGGAGAACGCAGCCGGUGUGGCCACCUGCAGUUCCAUGCUGCAUGUCCAGGGGGCGCCGCGCUCCACCAGCUCAGGCGAGGAGCACGUCAGCAGCUGUAUCAGCAGCUUCUCUCCCAUGACCAACACUUCAGGAAGUUCCACCUGUGAGAAUCUGACUGACCAUGCUUCAGAGACAAACUCAGCGGAGGGCUGGUGUACUCCGGAGCAGCUGUCGGAUGUGGAGGGGGUGAAAAGUUCCACCUGUGAGAAUCUGACUGACCAUGCUUCGGAGACAAACUCAGCGGAGGGCUGGUGUACUCCGGAGCAGCUGUCGGAUGUGGAGGGUUCUCCGGAGUUUAUAAAGGAGCUGGAGUCUCUCCACGCCGUGCAGGGGAGCGCGGUCAUCUUCGAGUGUGAGGUCACAGGGUCACCCACGCCUGCCGUCACCUGGUACAAGGACGGCCAGCCACUAGUAGAAGACGGGGACCACAUCCAUUACGAGUCCCGUGACGAUGGUACUUUCCUCCUCACCAUCAUCGAUGUACAGAACCAGGACGUGGGGACUUACACCUGCAGGGCUGCUAAUACUGUCGGAGAUGUGGUCACACAUGCAGACCUGCUGGUCUCAGGUGAGAAUACACCUGUACACACACCUAGCACCCUGUCUGAGCAGUACACAGUAGUGAGUGACUACACACCUGCAGACUCAGAACAGGAUAGGGUUCCACUGAAAGAAGGCCAGAUGGUUGAAGUUCUUGACUCCUCGAGUCCUGACCUGUGGUUGGUGCGGACCAUCCCCAGCCCCCCAGAGCCAGCCCAGGGUUGGGUACCCCCCUCCUUCCUGCAGACCCUCACUCACUCCCCCUCCGCAAGGAAAGGCAAGUCUCAGGACGCGUCUCAAGACACAGAGAAGCUCAAGGAGCGGCCGAGGAGGGGCAGUAAGGAGAUGGAGGCCAGCAGUAAGAGAAGGUUUGUCCUGGAGGAACUACUAAGAACGGAGGGUGAUUACGUGCGGGACCUGAAGUUUGUAGCAGACCACUACAUCAGCAUGUUUGUCCUGGAGGAACUACUAAGAACAGAGGGUGACUAUGUGCGAGACCUGAAGUUUGUAGCAGACCACUACAUCAGCAUGUUUGUCCUGGAGGAACUACUAAGAACAGAGGGUGACUAUGUGCGGGACCUGAAGUUUGUCCUGGAGGAACUACUAAGAACAGAGGGUGAUUACGUGCGAGACCUGAAGUUUGUAGCAGACCACUACAUCAGCAUGUUUGACUCCCACAGUCUGCCUUAUCUACUCAGGGGCAAACGGGAGGUUAUCUUCAUGAACAUAGAACAGAUUUAUGAUUUUCAUAGCAGUAUUUUUAUCCAUGAACUGGGAACAUGUAAGGAUGAGCCCAGCAAAGUUGGCAAGAUUUUUGUAAAAUGGCAACACAAGUUUGACAUGCAUGUGGAGUACUGUAAGAACAAGCAGAGAUCAGAAACCCUUCUUUCGACAAGUGCUGCAAGGAACUUUUUUGAUGACUACACCAAGAGAAGUGACGAGAGGAAGCUUACAUUAUCAGACUAUCUCAUCAAACCUGUACAGAGGAUCACUAAAUACCAACUUCUGCUCAAGGAACUAGUUAAAUACACCACAAGAGCCAAGCUGGACAGUACAGAUUUAGAGCAUGCCCUGGGAGUGAUGAUGGACGUCCCCAAGCGAGCAAACGACCUUCUGCACAUCAGCAUGAUUGACGGUUUCUAUGGCAACCACCAAAACAUCGGCAAGCUUCUCAGACAGGAUUCGUUCAUGGUUUGGGACAGCCGGACGGCCAAAGGUCGCGGGAAGGAACGUCACAUCUUCCUGUUCAACAACAUGGUCCUCUUCACCAAGCGCAAACGCAAUAGUCUGGACAGCAUCGAAUACUCCUACAAGGGCCUCAUGAGGUUACCUGGCAUUGGAGUGACAGAAGAUGUGGAAGGAGACAGCCGUAAGUUUGAGAUGUGGUACGGCAAACCGGACUCUUCAGAAAGAUACACAGUACAGGCCAAGACAAUCUACGUGAAGCAAGCCUGGGUGAAGGAGAUUCGAGACAUCUUAGACAAGCACACUCAGGAGGCACAAGAUGUGAAGUCAGCAGUUGAAGCCAGAAUAUCUGCAAGUACCAGUUCCCUGGGAUCGUCCAUAGACACCCCGAGUACCCCGACAACCCCCUCCAGUGCUGGAAGCAGACAGAGACACGUCUCCGGGCCGAACCAUCGCCGACGGGGGAGUAACGUUUUCAGCGAGACCAGCUUUGACUCUCUCAUUCACACGGCGGAGACCCUUGUAGUCGGAGGCCUGUAUGAAGUCCUGGAGACGGUGAUCGUGGACGGAACAGACGAGUUAGAACUGCACAAGGGCGAACAGGUCAAGGUCAUCAGGAGCGCUGGAGACGACUUCUACCUCGUGGAGCCUUUGACAGAGAAAGGAGAACUGGCUGGAGAAAGAGGCUGGGUUCCGGGCUAUCUGCUGAAGAAGACAGGAGAGAAAGAGAAGGCUGAUGAUGCCGCCCACUUCGUGACCCCGCUGCGUGACCUGACCCACCGGGAGGGCGAGACCGCGACCUUCUCCUGUCAGUUCGCCGGGACGAAGCCGCUCGCCGUUGCCUGGUUACACGACGGGGCUACCGUGGAGACCGGCGACAGGCUGUCAGUCAUCACCACGGCGACCCAGAGCUCGCUGCUGAUUGGUCGGACGGUGCUGGCGGAUGUGGGGAGAUACGAGUGUGUGAUCAGUAAUGAGGCAGGGACGGAGACAAGCCUAGCAGAACUGGACGUCAGGGAAAACAUCUUGCCGAAGUUGGAGCAUCUUGACUUCGUCUCAGUAGAGGAAGGAGACACCGCAGAACUCUGGGUUGGUUUCUCGGGAAGCCCAAAGCCUCAAAUCAGGUGGACUCGAGACGAAAAACAUCUAAACUCCUCCGAAAAGUUCGCAAUCCGAUCGGACGAAAAUCGGACGUGUUUAGCGGUAACCAACGCGGAUUUGUGUGACGCUGGCGAAUAUACCUGUGAAGUGACCAACGUAGCUGGGACUGCCAUUGGUGCAGUGAGGCUGAACGUCGUUAAAGUCAUUAACGAGGAGUUAAUUAACGAGGAGUUAAUUAGCGAAGACUCUGACGACUUUACCUCCGACAGCUACAAUUCGUCAGAUAACGAGAUGGAGACUAACGAGGAAUCAUGGGAAGACGAGGUUUUCCCGCCAGAAGGCUACGACGAACACGACAACAACAACAAGGAACAACAACAACAAACAACGUUCGGAAAUUCGCUGGACCUGUUAAAGCUGGGCCAUGUGUGUGUACAGAAAGACACUCAGAUCUCAGAUGUGUACGAAGUUAAGGACAAGCUGGGACAGGGCAGGUUUGGAACGGUGUACCUCUGCGAAGACAAGACCACGCGACGGAGGUUUGCGGCGAAGUACGUUCGCUGUCGGCGCUCGGCGGACCGACAGAGCAUCAACCACGAGAUCGAGAUCAUGAACCAGCUGAGACAUCCCAGAAUCCUCCAGUUGUACGACGCGUUCGACUGCGGAAAGGAAGUCGCCAUGAUCAUGGAGCUGAUAACAGGAGGAGAGUUGUUUCAGCUUGUAGCAGAUGAAGCAGUAGAGCUAUCAGAGAAGGCGUGUGUGAGUUACGUCAGGCAGCUGUGUGAGGCUGUGUCUUACAUGCACGAACAGAACAUCCUACACCUGGAUCUUAAGCCAGAGAACAUCAUGUGCAUCAGUAAGAAGGGAACGGCCAUCAAACUGAUCGACUUCGGGCUGGCCAGGAAAUUUGACCCCAAAGCAGACAACAGGGUGAUGUUCGGCACACCUGAGUUUGUUGCACCUGAAGUCAUCAACUUUGACAGUAUAGACUACAGCACGGACAUGUGGAGCAUUGGAGUCAUCACCUACGUUUUACUGAGCGGCCUGUCUCCCUUCAUGGGCGACACAGACCAGGAAACGCUGGCAAACGUGACGCUGGCAGAGUUUGACUUCGAUGACGAGGCCUUCGACAACAUUUCAGAUGACGCUAAGAACUUCAUCGAACAGCUUCUCCUCAAGGACAAGGAGAGUCGCCACACGGCCAAGUCUGCCCUUCAGCAUUGCUGGCUCGCCCAGGACAACACCAAGGUGCGGAACGAGAAGAUCAAAACAGACAAACUCCGACGCUGGUGGCUCAAGAGGAAAUGGCAGAAAGCGGGAAACGCGAUCCGAGCGGUCGGCAGGUUUAGGAGAUCGCUGGGGCUCCUUUCCGGCAGCGUCUCAGAAGGAUCCACCUCCUCACCGAACGGAUCAACGUCUACCGAGGAGAACUGAACUAUCUUAAAGACGUUACCAACAUCUCAAGAUGUCUUGGACACAAUCUUAACAUCUUGGAGGCAUUCUUAGCAUCUUGAGACAUCUUCAAGACAUUAUUAGCAUCUAAAGACAUUUAGAAAGACGUUGUCAACAUCUCAAGAUAUCUUGAAGACAUUUUCAGAAUCUUAGAUGUCUCAACAUCGUGGAGACUUCUUGUCAAUAUCUCGAGAUAUCUUAGAGGCAUUGUUAGCAUCUUCAGAUAUCUUCAAGACAUUCUUGACAUCUCAAGAUUUUUUGGAGACAUUCUCAACAUCUCAAGAUGUCUUGGAGAGAAUCUUAAUAUCUGAAGACAUCUUGAGACUUCUUGAAGACAUUCUCAACUUAUCAAGAUAUCCUGGAGACAGUCUCAACAUCUCAAGACACUAUUAAUGUCUCAAGAAAUCUUAUGGACAUUCUCAAAGUCUCAAAGCGUCUUGGAGACAUUCUUGGAGGUGAUAAAUAUUUAAGUGUGAUGACGACUGAAGUUCUAAGGAUCCUAAAGUCUCGCGGUACCGCACCUGGAGAAACACACCUGAGAAACACACCUGUUCUUGUCACACCUGGUAGGAUUUUGUCUCACCUGGAUUUACACCUGACAAGAACCUUAACCUGUAUAGAAAAUUUCUUAACAAUACCUGAGACUGUUGGUUCACAACUGCAGCAGAAAAAAGGCAGUCUUCUGAAGGCUGGAAAAGCAGAUCUCAGUGUGCCUUGAAAAGCCUGGAUUUUGAGGCUAAUUUUUACCAGGAGCCUUUUGUCUCACCUGGAUUUAUAGCUGAGAAGAAUCUUCAACUGUGUAGAAACUUUCUUAACAAUAUCUAAGACGUUGGUUCACAACUGCAGCAGUAGAAAGGGCAACUUCUGAAGGC